AUGUCAAAACUUUAUCAUAAAAAGCUUAUCUUUAUGGUAGAGGAUGUGCAGCCCGAUGUUGCACCUGCUAAUCCUGAGCCCUUACCUGAUCAUGACCCUAUUCCUUUUGGCAUACCUGACAUUGCACCCCUCAUACCUGACCCAGUUCCUGCACCCGUUGACCCUCCUGUUAUUGAGCAACUUAUUCCUCCACCAGCACCCGCACCCGCUAAUGUUGCUCCUUUUCAUCUUGUGGAGUUUGAUGUCAAUCGCGUUGAUUUACCCAUCGUUUUCUUACAGGACAUACCCGCACCCGUCCAGGGGAAGCUCCAGUUUGAGAUUAUGAGUCGUAGGAUUUUGGAGCUUGAGAUGACACCGCGCCCUUUACCAUGUCCUUGUCAGCCUGCUUUUGUUCCCCCUCGUUCAUCACCGUCUCCAUUUUCUCAUCCACCUGCUCCACUUACUCCUUUUCAAGAGUUCGAUGCUCGAUUUCUCACCGUCAAGCAGCAGAUCAGUUAUCUGUUGCGUCAUGUCUAUGAGCUUGAGGGGGAGCUUGCGCAUGUGCGCAACUUGCUUUUCUUUCCUCCACCUCCUCCUCCACCACCACCAUCAGCAUAG